GAACCUGGACCCUGCUUUUAGUUUUCUCCCUCCAGAUCCUCUGCUUUUACCUCGUGACCACGCCCUCUGUGACCUCACAGCAUUAAGGUGUUCAGCACUCCUUCAACCCUUAAUCACUUAUUGCCUGUGGCCAGCAGAAAGAGGGACCUUGAGACUGGGGGGGGAUGGUCCAAGAAGAAAUCAUUCUCUAUUUGAAAUCAAAACUGCAGUAACUGAACAAAGGAUGAGCUGAGCUUCCCAGAAACUACCCUUGGAAAGAUGGUCUGUGAAUGGAGUUACAGGGAGUGGAGCUUGCUCGCUCUACACGCUGUUUCACACCUGAGGACAGCGGAAAAGCCCCAGUCCCGGGCAUGGACAUGGGCACAGACAUGGGCAUGAGCUUUAUGGGUAUGCCACACUGCUCUAGGAGUGGACAGAUGGAGACCAUGGUACCAACCUGCUCAUUGUGCAGACAAGACCUGCAAGGUGUGAGCUCCCGGCUUCUACCCUGCCAGCAUUUGUUCUGUAAGGACUGCUUCCAGGGUUUGAUUCAGGAGCUGGAGCAGGUUGCCAAGGCUCAUGGCACUAUCACAGAUGAACUCAUCUCAUGUCCUUGGUGUAGACGAGUGUACCUUACCAGGGAUGUAAGUGAACAUUUUUUUCUGCAGUGCUUUCCUACUGGGCAACCCAAGAUGACCAGGAACUGCUCUGAGUGUAAGGAGAAGAGGGCGGCACACAUCCUCUGCACCUACUGCAACCGCUGGCUCUGCAGCUCCUGCACUGAGGAGCACCGGCAUGGCCCUGCCCCUGGUGCCCCACUCUUUCCCCGAGCCCAGAAAGGAUCUCCAGGAGUGAAUAGUGGAUCUGGGGACUUUGCCUUGUACUGCCCUCUACAUGCACAAGAAGUACUUAAGCUAUUCUGCGAGACCUGCGAUGUGCUCACGUGCCAUAGCUGCCUCAUAGUGGAACACAAAGAACACAGGUGCAGACAUCUUGAAGAAGUUUUGCAAAACCAGAGGAUGCUUCUGGAAAGUGUGACUACACAAGUGGCACAUAAGAAAUCUAGUCUACAGACUUCUGCGAAGCAAAUUGAGGACAGGAUUUUUGAGGUGAAGCAUCAACACAGGAAGGUGGAAAACCAGAUCAAAAUGGCCAAGAUGAUUCUGAUGAAUGAACUGAACAAACAGGCCAAUGUGCUCAUAGAGGAGUUGGAGGGCAUCACUACUGAGAGAAAGCGCAAGCUGGAGCAGCAGUUACAGAGCAUCAUGGUUCUCAACCGUCAGUUUGAGCAUGUGCAGAAUUUCAUCAAUUGGGCCGUCUGCAGCAAAACCAGUGUCCCUUUCCUUUUCAGCAAAGAGCUGAUUGUGUUUCAGAUGCAGCGAUUGUUGGAGACAAGUUGUAACAUGGAUCCUGGCUCCCCUUGGAGUAUCAGAUUCACCUGGGAGCCUAACUUCUGGACCAAGCAGCUGGCUUCCCUUGGCUGCAUAACUACUGAGGGCGGACAGCUGUCCCGGGCAGAUACUCCAGCUUAUGGAGUUUUACAGGGGCCAUCAUCCUUUUAUCAAAGCCAUCAGUCCCCAGUGGCUCAGCAAGAGGCUCUCAGCCACCCCACGCACAAGUUCCAGGCUCCAGUACUGUGUUCCUCAUCUGUGUGCUGUUCCCACUGCUCCCCAGUCUCACCCUCCCUCAAAGGCCAGGCACCUCCAUCCAACCUACACCCAGCCCACAGCUUUAGGCAGCCCUCUGAGGUGGUGCCGCAACAGUUGGGGUCACUGCAGUGCCCCACCCUGCUGCCCAGGGAGAAAGAGCUGGCUUCCAAUCCUCAUCCACCAAAGCUGCUGCAGCCCUGGCUGGAAACCCAGCCCCCCGUGGAGCAGGAGGGCUCAUCCCAGCGGCUGGGACAGCAGCUGACCUCCCAGCCAGUGUGCAUCGUCCCCCCGCAGGAUGUUCAGCAAGGAGCCCUUGCACAGCCCACCUUACAGACACCUUCUAUCCAAGUCCAGUUUGGCCACCACCAGAAGCUGAAGCUCAGCCAUUUUCAGCAGCAGCCGCAGCAGCAACUGCCACCUCCCCCACCUCCUCCACCUCCACCCCAGCAGCAGCCGCCUCCAUCUCUACCUCCAUCGCAGCAUCUGGCUUCUAGUCAGCAUGAGAACCCUCCUGGACCUGCCUGUUCCCAGAACGUGGAAAUAAUGCACCACAAGUUUGAACUGGAGGAAAUGCAGAAGGACCUAGAACUUCUCCUUCAGGCUCAACAGCCCAGCUUGCAACUGAGUCAGACCAAAUCUCCUCAGCAUCUUCAGCAAACCAUCGUGGGGCAGAUCAACUACAUCGUGAGGCAGCCAGCACCCGUCCAGUCCCAGAGCCAGGAGGACACCCUGCAGGCUACAGAUGAAGCCCCAGCAUCCGAGGGCCCAAAGCCAGCUCUCCCUCUUGACAAGAAUACUGCUGCUGCCUUGUCCCAGUCUUCUGGGGAAGAAACUUCUCUCAGUGUCCCUCCACUGGACAGCACCAUCCAGCACUCCUCUCCCAAUGUGGUGAGAAAGCACUCCACUUCGGUGAGCAUCAUGGGCUUCUCCAACACUCUAGAGAUGGAGCUGUCAUCUCCCAGGCUGUCAAGGACCCUAGAUCCACAGAUCCAGAGCGUGAGCAGCCUGACAUCUGGCCCUCCCCAGGCGGUGCCAAGCCUGCCGAGUGGGCCCCCCCAAACCAUAUCCAGCCUGAGUGGUCAAAACCAGGCCAUACCCAGCCUGACAAAUAGUCACCUGCAGACCGUGCCCAACCUUGUGCGUGGCCCCCUGCAGCCCAUGCCCAGCCUGGUGAGUGAUUCCUCCCAGGCUGUCACAAGCCUGGCAGGUGAUCACUCCCAGGCUGGGCCCAUCCUAAUGUCUGGUCACACUCAGGCAGGGCCAAGCUUGGCAGCUUGUCCUCUGCAGAACAUGCCUGCAGCUUCUGACAUGCAGCUGGAAACUGGAUCCAGCCCCAGCCCUGGUUCUGGCCGAGCUGUGGGGAGCCUGUGCCCUGGGGAUGGAGCUGACCACUCCCUGGGGAAUGCUCUGUGUAAGAUGGAAAGCGAUGAUCCCACCCGCUUCACUGACUCUCUGGGACAAGUCCUCACAGCCCCUGGUCUGGAUGCUCCUAAAGACUUGGCUAUCCCCUCAGACCUGGAGGAGCCAAUUAACCUCUCGGUGAAAAAACCUGCACUGGUGCCAGUGGUCAGCACAUCCACAGCUCUGCAGCAGUACCGGAACCCAAAAGAGUUUAAGAAUUUGGAACAAGGAGCCCUAGAGCUGGAUACAAAAGAGAACCGGAGCAUCAGAGCGUUCAACAAUGAGCACAAGAUUCCCUAUGUGCGACUGGAACGACUCAAGAUCUGUGCCGCCUCCUCGGGAGAGAUGCCUGUGUUCAAGCUGAAGCCACAGAAGAAUGAUCAGGAUGGGAGCUUCCUGCUGAUCAUCGAAUGUGGCACUGAGUCCUCCAGCAUGUCCAUUAAGGUCAGCCAGGACAACUUGCCUGAUGCCAUCGAGGCCCCCAGUCUGGGGGGAAGAAAGGUCACUGUCACUUCUCUGGCUGGGCAGCGGCCACCAGAGGUGGAAGGUAUAUCUCCUGAAGAACAUAGACUCAUUCCUCGAACCCCUGGAGCCAAGAAGGGCCCCCCAGUACCAAUAGAGAAUGAGGACUUCUGUGCUGUGUGCCUCAAUGGGGGAGAGUUGCUGUGCUGUGACCACUGUCCCAAAGUGUACCACCUUUCCUGCCACGUGCCAGCCUUGCUCAGCUUCCCAGGGGGAGAGUGGGUGUGUACCUUGUGCCGCAGCCUAACGCAGCCUGAGAUGGAGUACGACUGUGAGAAUGCCCGUUAUAACCAGCCUGGAGUGCGGGCAUCUCCUGGCCUGAGCACAUGUGACCAGAAGAAGUGUGAGAAGCUGGUGCUGUCCUUAUGCUGCAAUAGCCUCAGCCUGCCCUUCCAUGAGCCCGUCAGCCCCCUGGCCCGACAUUAUUACCAGAUUAUCAAGAGGCCCAUGGACCUGUCAAUCAUCCGGAGGAAGCUGCAAAAGAAGGACCCAGCUCACUACACCACCCCAGAGGAGGUGGUGUCGGAUGUGCGCCUCAUGUUCUGGAACUGUGCUAAAUUCAAUUAUCCCGACUCAGAGGUUGCAGAGGCUGGCCGUUGCCUGGAAGUAUUCUUUGAGGGCUGGUUGAAGGAGAUCUACCCGGAGAAACAGUUUGCCCAGCCGAGGCGGGAGGACUCAGACUCCGAGGAGGUGUCUAGUGAGAGUGGUUAUUCCACUCCUCAAGGCUUCCCGUGGCCCCACUACAUGCAGGAGGGCAUCCAACCCAAGAGGCGGCGGCGACAUAUGGAGAAUGAGAAGGCCAAAAGAAUGUCGUUCCGCCUGGCCAACAGCAUCUCCCAGGUGUGAGAGCUGGAAGGAGACUGAGCACUUUGGCAGCUGAUGCCCCAUCCUGUUGACCACUCCUCCCCACCUUUCAGCUCAUACUCUUCAGAUUGUGGAUGUGAGACUAGUCUUGUCGAGCUGUGUAGUGCUCUUCAUUGCCAUUUGCAGUUACAUUUAUUUGGGAGCCAUAGUGCAUCCACCACAAAGAAGAUUUCAGUAAUAAAAAGUGAGGAGGGAGGUGUUCCCUAUCACCACAAUAAUCAGAUGUGUAGGGUCCAUUUGACAAGACCAAUCCUAGUCAGGCUUGGGAAGAUCAGACUUUUUUGGUGAAUUCUUUCUGCUGAGGAAAGUAGACCUUUCUCACCUUUCAGUGUCCAGGGCUCAGGAACAAUGUAUCUGUCUGACCUCCUCCUGGGCUCAGAAGUGGGUAAAAAGAAGAGGAGAGAGGUUCUGACAUAUGGGAGGCCUGUGAUCCCUGGCCCAGCACAGCCAAAGACUGUUACUAUUUGCCUUUGCUUGUCCUGCUGGGACAGAGGCACCUGCCUGCCAUGGACAGGAUAAUGGAGGCUUCUAGAGGCCACAGGUCUCAAUUGGUGCCUAUUUGGGUUCUAAUGGUUUUCAGGGUAUUUGUUUUUCAUGUCCCCUUUCCUGACAUCAACUUAGGUGGCCACUGUGAAUGUGCUCUGGAUAGUAUGGCAUUCUUAACUGGGCUGAGUGGCUGUGCAGGGAUUUCUUAUAUUUUCCAGCUCAGAUUUCACUUGCAGGUUUCAGAAGAUGUCAACUUGAGAGUCUGCAUUCUGCCACUUACUUUGAGCUAGGAGCACUUCUUUGGUGUCAGAACCUGCCUUCCUAGAAGUGAUUGUUGGUGCUUGUAGGUGGCCACCCCUUCAUUAUCUCCAUUUAGAGGUCUGGAUCCUGAGUUGUUCUUGGGAAAAUUGUGAGGCAGCUGCUGUCUGCUUCAGGUACAGAGUGUCCUGGGCAAGGAGAAUGACCCACAACCAGCUCACACUUCUGGGCCUCUCCUGCUUAGAGAUCCUAGUUCUCAACCUCUCCAAGUUCACAGAGCCAAAGAGCAGAAGUUAAGUUCUCUGUCUAACCUGGCCCAGACUGUCCAAAGCCCAAAAAAAACCCAGAUUCUUCCUACAGCCCUAUGUUGUUGGAGGUUGGAGAACAUCAGAGGGCCCAACACGAGCCAGAUACAGGCAUUAAUGGGAAGUUCUGUCUAGGAUGGAAGGGAAAACCAAAAGGCAGUGAAGCCAAUGUCCUUCAGUGACCUGAAGGAAAUUCAGGACCUUAGUCAGCCUAAAACUCAGAGUAUCUGCCUCAAAGCCAUGGGAAGAGGAACUCCAGGGUGUACCUUGGAUCUUUAUGUUCCCUGCAGGGUGUGGGUGAGGAAGAGCCAUGGGCAGAUGCUGGGGGUCAGGCCACCUUCUAAGCAAGGAGUUGGUUGUGAUGUUGCUAUUGCUGAUGUUGCUGGGGAGCUACAGACGCGGCCUUCAGUGGACGUGGCACUUCAGUGGUCUGGCCCCAGAGACACAGCUCUUCCUUUUCCUGUCAUGGCUUGGCUAAUUUCUGAGGCAUCUCAGAUCAUGGCUGUAUUUUUGCUAAAAGGUGCAGUUUAAGGAACUUCUUGUUUGUAGGUGCUUUGCUAAUCGACAGAUUUUGAUCAGAGAGAACAUUUCUUCUCCUUGUGAGUCGAUGGCACAGCUCAUUUCCUUCUCCACUAGGCUGGGAUCAUUCUUCCCAUCAAAAAACACUGUGCCCAUUGACUUGCCAUUCUUUCACCAGCACAUGCCAAGGUCUCUGAAGCAGGUGGGCUUCCAUAAUCCUGUCUUUAAUACGCCGAUACCCGGGCAUUCUUUGUACUUAGUCCUUGGCUAAGUGAUUUGGGCUCACUUUCUGGUUUAGACUUUGGCCACAUCCCUGUCAAUUUUUGAGUCUUUUUCUCUGUUUAGUUAGCUAGGCAAAGUUCCUUCUUUGUUUGCCUCACUAAUUCCUGCCCUUGGUCAUCAUUCCUUUGUGUAGCUUACAUUCCCACUGCCUUUGAGUGAGCUUCCUGGUGCUUUUUGUUGGGGAGGUUGGUGAGGGCCUUGACAGACUCAAACCUGACUGAGAUCCUUUCUCAGGUCCAAAUGGAGACCACAGAUGUGGAGCAGAAAUGCUUGUUUUCCCUUCUAUUGAUGAAGCUUGGGCAGGGUUUACUGGGCCCAGGAAUCAGCUCACUGGGUUAGGGAAUCUUAGCUAUGUGUUGGAGAGUCACAUAUUCCCUUCCCGUCAUAGAGGCCCUGCAUGCUGGGAGGCUCCCUUUAGGCACCGGACCAGGAGGGCUGUGGGAGGUAGGGUGUCCUUUGCCACACAUAUGCAAGGCCCUGGCCCAUUACACCAUCCCUACAUUAGCUACCCCAUGGCACUGCCCUCUCCCUGGCUUGUCCUGUGUACUUAGCACCAUUAUUUUGAGUCAGAGUUUUGUUUUGUUUUUGUUUGCAGAAACAAGAAUAUGACUUUUUAGAAAUUAAAAACAAAAACAAAAAACUACUAGCCCAGUGAUUGCUUUCAGUGGCUCUUUGCUAACAUUUGAGCUGAUCCUGCUUUUGACUGUCUCCUCUUAUGGCCCCAGUUUGAUGUCAUUCAUGUCCUUUGGCCAUUGACAAGGUCAUGCAAUGGAAAUGCAAUGGCUUCUGGAUUCUUUUCCUAUAGAAUGCAGCCCUAUAAGAUAAAUCAGGCUUCUUAGAUGUGAUGAGAAACAUAACAGUGGAGUGGCUCCAUUUGACUCAAAGGGGAUUUUAGUUCAAAAAUUGAUGGAGGAUGAACUUGUGGAAUACUCUUCCACAGAACAGGGUAGGUUGUCCCUGCCUGAUUUUAGCAAUUGCCAAAAAUUGACACACCCUGUCUGCCCUUGAUACCAUUCUUUGAGUGGCAGCCCCCAGACUCCCUGUAAGCUUUGCUCCAUAGCAGGCACUGGGGUCAGUCCAGGCUAGACUGCCUCCUUGUACCCAUUUCUGAUGACAGGUCUUUGUCUUGCUCCCAAGACUGAGGCCUCUCCUUGUUAGUUCACACACUCGGCUCUGCUCCCACUCUCUCUCCAUGGUGUCACCUAUAGUCUUCUCUUCUGAAAUCCUGAACUGAGACUUUUCUCCUUCUGGAUUACCACUUCUGUGCUGCUGCUUCUUCCAUUCCCUCGCUGCUCUUAAACUUGCCCCAAUCUUUUACUCGGUUUCUAUGACCUUAGCCCUCUCCCUGUUCUCCCAGUUUUUCAGCCUUCUCUUGGACUUCCUCUCCCCAGCCUGAAUCCUUGGGCUAUCACACGCUGACAUUUUUAUCAGCAACUUGAACUUUCUCAUCCUCUCAGACUUUUCCUGAAACUUAACUCCUCUCCAUUUUCUGCAUCAAACUGUUUUCUGCUCCUUUUACCUGGGCUGCUGAGCAUGACAGAUUCAUAGUUGACACCCUCAGUUGGGUAUUUGGUAAUGAUUGGAAAUUCUUUUGCUUGUUGUUACUCUACUUUCCCAUCACCACCACCUCUUUCCUCUUUUUUUCAGCAAAUGACUGACCUCAAUGGCUGCUUCACAGAGGACAGAUCCUAAAGCAAGAACUUCCUUGCUCACCUGCUCCUCUCACCACUUCCCAUUUAUCUAUAUCUACAGCCUCAUAUCUUUCCUUCCUUUCUAUUUUGUUCUCUAUUUCUUGAAUCCUGUUAUAUGUUCUCCAAGACUUUGCCCCAUCCCUUAUCCCACUGCUCUCAAUUCCUGGCAUCUUCCCAGCACCACCCUCUCCAUUGUUUACCUCUACAUAGCUUGCAAACUAGCAAGGGUCUCCUCAAGAUUAGUCUAAAAGCUGCUUAGUCCCCUUCUCCUGUAUAUUCUCUCGUCAGUCAAGUUUCUUACAAAAGGUAUCUUUUUCAUUUACUCUGCUCACUGCUCACUCUCUAGCCCUCUCUAGUUUUUUGUAUAAGUCACCAGUGACCACCUAGUUGCCAAAUCAAAUGAAUAUCUUUCAAUCUUCAACUAUCUUGAACUCCCAGUAGCAUUUCACACAAUCCAUCACUCCUCCUUGAAAUGGCCCUGCAAGUUUCUGGAUUAUCUUCUUUUCAGCCACACAGGUCUUCUUUGAAACCUAGACAGAGGGACAUGUCGGUGGCUAUCUGUGGCCUCCUCUCCUCAGGAGUUAGCUAAGUAAGAACAAGCACAGCUACUCCUCUUCCCUACCUGCUGUCUCUGCCAAUUUGUGUGUCCCUUCCUUCUCCUGGACUCAAUUCUCUUCAUGCCAAGCAUGUUUCUAGUUCCUGUUGAGAGGACAGUGUAUAUGAUUCUUUCCCUCUGUCUUUUCCAGUGCAGUGCAGAGACAGAAUAUAGCCAUGUUUGCUAACAGGCCCCAUCUAAAUCAGCACAAGGGUGUGGACUGUGUGCUACAGCAUCCAAGCAGCAGCCAGGCUAGACUGUACUACCAGGCUGGUGGCAGCUCCUCGCCAUGAUCCCUAUACCAGUCAGAGCCUGCCACAGUCUGUAAGGAGCCUGGGAUCAUAGCAAAACAUGUCUGCAUGCAUGGUUCAGUGCUGCUGACCAGGAGGAGCAUCCUGGCAGGUGUGGGUAUCUGCCACGGAGAACAUAUGGAGGGGAGACUGGUAAGUGCUGAUCAUGAACACUUGCUUUCUCUAGUUGUUCUGCUGGAGGCAGAUGUUGGUUACUUUCUUGGAGGCAGGGAGAUAUAGUGGAAAGACAUCUGAUUUGACAUUCUGAUCCCCUAAACUUUGGCUCUGCCAAUUAUGAGCUAUGUGACCUUGAAUACAAUUUCUCCAUCUAUAAAGUUAGGGUAGGGGAGAAAACAGUGAUCUGUCAGAGGAGCUCCAGCUCUAAAGAUGAUAACUGUGAUUCUAACUCUACAGCUCAGACCACACAGGAAACAAGGGAACUUUGGAGGUGGGGCAUAUCUGGGGGAGUCUUAACCAGGCAGGGCAAAGGGACUCCCAGGCCAAAUUGAGCUGCUUCGAGGAAAGUCCUCAUCAGCUGGUGCUGCUUCUUGAGCCAUAUGCCCAUCACUCAAGCUGUACCCCUUUCUUGGAUAUCUAGGGAGAGUUCCUCUUAGAUCUUUUCUAGAAGUGGCCAUUGGAUACAAGGUGACUGGGGGCAUGAGGGAGUAAUAUUGUUAGAGAAGUGUCACUGAUUUUAAAGGGACCUACACAUUCAAUAACAAAUAAA